UGCUUCUUUUUUUUUUCUGUCUUGCGUACAUGUAGUUUCACACUAGUUAAUUGCGUUUCAUACUCCGGUUUAACAAAAAGGAUCAAUUUAAAAUAAUUACUAGUUGUGUUCUCUAGAUCGGAUUCUUAAAAAGAAAAGGAAAAGAGAGAGGAAAUAUGCAACAUCAUUCAGAGAUGCCGGCGUCGAUGAAGCAGCCUCUUUGUCCUAAGCCACGUCGUGUGUGUCCUUCUCUUCCUCACUUCCUCAACCCUAUCUCAUGUUCCCUACGCUCUUCCAACUGCCAACAAGGUUCGGAGGCAAGAAGCGGUGUUCUCAGCAUAAUCGACAAGCCGAUGGAAGGUGGAACAACAGAGACAAUGUGGUACGCAGGGUCUCCACCUAAAAGAACCGGGAAUCCGCUUGUACAUGACCUUCAUUUCAUUCAGUACUCCCUUGACCUUCUCCCAGAUUUCUCAAGCACCAAGGCUUGAUUUUCACAUCUAAUUAUUAGACGAUAUAUGCAUACAUUUCCGCACAAAAAAAACUCCUUGCGUCCACUUAAAACUACCAUCUGGGCGUAAAGAACACCGACAUCAUUAUCAACUAAAAGUUUUUUACACAGAUAUAUAUGCAUCUACUACUCAACAAGUUUGAAGUUUAUUCUUUGUAGAAAUGUAUUUGGAUAUUCUUGAUGAUCACAAAGGUUCCACACUGAGGUCAGCACAAGACUGCUUAAUAAAUCAGCACCCGCACACAAUGAAAGCAGACAACAUAUAUAUAUAGAAAGGUUAACUAGAGAUCUGUAUUAGGACUUGGAUGUUUGUUAUGAUAUAGAAUUUUUUCUCCCUUUUUAGCUUAUUAUGUCUUGUUUUGUA